UCUUACAAAGUUACUUCAAGCAAAUGCAAUGUUUUAAAAGCCAAUAUCUUCUGUUGAUUGCAGAUCUGCCACUCCUUUGGAAGUCACUCCGUAUGUACACACAGUAGAAGUAGUAAAGAAGAAAUGUCAAGAGCCCCCAGGGACCUCAGUCCAGCUCCUCUGAUUGGAGUUCAAGGAAAGCUGUCGUCUAACAAGAGGGAGCCGAUGCACACUGACAUUGAAUCACACAUUGCAGGACCCAGUAUCUUAGCUGCUACUGAGCCCUUCAUUCAACACAGCGACAACAGGAUGAAGUCAGGAAUUUGCAUGUGUCAAUGUGUAGGGUUUUGCAUCUCCUUCCUUGGGUGGAUGGGCUGCUUGGCAACCACGGUGCUGCGUGAUUGGAUGACAAUGAAUAAUGACAUAAUAUUAUCUGAGCAAUUCUCCAUUGGAAUCUGGGAGACGUGUGUUGCUCAGGAUGAAGGAUCAGUCCAAUGCAAGGCAUAUGACAGUCUCUUCAAUCUGCCGGAGAACAUCCAGCUGGCUCGAAGCUUCAUGUGCACGUCCAUUGCCCUUGGCUUGUUGAGCCUGCUGCUCUCCCUGUCCGGAUCGAAUUCUGUCACCUGCUGUGGAGAUAACAAUGACAAAAAGGAGAGGUUAACGAUCAGCGGUGGAGUGCUCUCUGUUCUGGCUGGAGUUAUGACCCUCUUUCCAGUGUCCUAUAUCGCCCACUUGACAGUCAUGAAGUUCUGGGCGACCGAUAUCCCUGAUUUUGUCCCACGUUGGGAGUUUGGUCAGGCUUUGUUUGUUGGUUGGGCUAGUGGCUUUCUACUGUUGUCCGGUGGUGUUCUGCUAUGCUUCACUCGGGCAGAGACCUGA